GAGAAAGUCAACUUUUUCAGAUAAACGGUCGCAGUAGCGGAUUUCAGCAGUGUAACAUUUGCAGUUGUUCCGCGUAGUGUGUAGGGCGCGUAACUUUCGGAAGAUUUUAUCAAGAUAUUCAAAAUUAGUACCAAAAUGGGAUUAGGCGGACACCAACAAACAGAAGAGUACCAGUGUACCUUACCAGCCGAAGAAAAAAAGAAAGCUUUGGACGAACUUAGAGAAGAUGAUAACGUCAGAGAGCAAUCUUUGAGCCAAAUGAGAGAAUGGAUUAAUAAACAUCCGAAUAUUAAAAAAUGUAGAACAGAUGCUCCUUUCUUAUUACGUUUCCUGCGAACGAAAAAAUUCAGUGUACCUUUAGCAUGCGAAAUGCUGGAAAGGUACUUGACCAUCAGACAAUUGUAUCCGCAAUGGUUCAGAAACUUGGAUACGGAAGAUAAGGAUUUGGCUGAAAUUAUUAAUGCUGGUUAUUUGGUGCCUCUCCUUGAAAGAGAUAAUGGAAGACUGGUGUUAUUCAGCUGCGCAGGAAAAUUCGACCCGCACAAGUACACUUCUGCGCAUAUGGUGCGCGUGCACAGUCUAGUAACCGAAGCCCUAAUGGACGACGAAAUCAAUCAAAUCAACGGCUACACUUACAUUAACGACGAGAGUGGCUUCCAAAUGGCGCACAUUUCCUUGUGGAGUUUGACCGACGUCAGGAACAUUCUCAGAUGUAUCCAGAACACCACUCCGAUGAGACACAAAGCGAAUCAUUUUUUGAAUAUUUCGGCUAGCGCUAUCAAGUUGAUCGAAUUUGCCGUGUCUUUGCUUAAUGAGAAACUUAAAACUAGAAUUUUUAUGUACAAAUCUGUUGAAGAACUACAUCAAAAAGUUGACAAAAAGCUUCUACCUAAAGAAUAUGGUGGCGAAGUGCCCCUAGCUGAAAUGGUAGAAAAAUUCAAAGUCUUUUUAAAAGAACGACGAGAAGCCAUUCUGGCUUUGGACGAUAUGUACAUUGAAAUCGACGAGAAAAGUUGUCCGCUAGUUUCGGAAAUGAACGAGGAAUUGGGAAUUGGAAUCGAUGGAUCGUUUAAGAAAUUAACUGUGGAUUAACACCAAAAAACUUGUUUAUUGCAUUUGAUUAUUGAUGAAUAUUGUGAUAGCUUUUUUCUUUUAUUUUUAAUUGUUUAGUUAUAUGUAAUUAAUAUAUUGUUGCCCGGUGGGAUUUAGUUACCAAGUUUUGUUAAAUCUACUGUUCAGGUUUGUUAACAGUUAUUAAAGGGCUUAUUUUCUUCAUUAAUGAUUGGUUUUUGUACAUUGAAUUUGACAUCUUCCACUAAAAAUUGUGUACAAUUGUUAAUGAAGAAAUUGGUUUAUUAAGUUAAUUUUAAUUUUAUAUUGUUUAUAUAUUUUCUUCUUGUAAUUUGUUUAUCAAUGAGCUUUUGCAAUUCAUCAAAAUUUUCAUUGUUGCUUAUUUAUGUAUAAAAUAA